CAGAACAAAGAGACUCCAGGUCUGCGUCUGUUCUCUUGUAUAUAAUUCUCUUCCCACAGCUGACGAUCCCUUGUACGCGAAGGUUUGGUCAGGCAUUUUGGCACCACCAGAUUGGGACUGGACGUGAUCCAAGAGACCAGGUCUGGACUGGGAUUUACAAUAGGCCCUGGCAUUCCAAGUACACAGAGGCCGAAGCAGCCCCCCACCAGCCCAAUAAAUAGUGACUGGCUAUGGCAACUUACAGCAGCCCCUCUGGCAUUUGCCAGAACACACAGAUUGCCAGUCUGGGCCUGCAAGAGACCACCAUACAGCGACUGUGACCCAAGCAACGGAACUACCAAGCCGACAGGCGACCAGUUCACCAUGGCGUGCGCACUCCCGAUGCUGUUCCUGUACACAGAACCGGAAGUAAGGAGCCAGAAGUCAGAACACAGAGAAGCCCAGGAGGUUGUUGCUUGAUGAUAAGAGACCUCAAUAUAAACUGGCUGAGUGUGUGAAGGCCACAAGGGGACAACAGAGUGAGGAAGAAGGUGUGAGGCUGGCACAGGCCAAACCCAGGCUGAGUAGGAGUGUGAGACAACUGCAUGGAAUGAGGAUCACUGACUGAGCUCACAAGUCUUUGUUUUGUCCCAUGUGGAUGUGGAAAAGGCUGGACAUCUUCUUGUCAUCUUCUGUACUUGUACUGGAAAGAAGACAGAAGAGAGGAGAAUGGACACACUAAGAAAACCUAUUGCCAGUGAGGAGUAUGGGCAGGACUUUAGUAUGGAGCCCUAUCCGGAGUGUGCAGGAUGCUGGAAAAGCCCUCACCAGAAUACUAACAUGGGAGUAAGAAAUGUCCCUUGUACAGACUGUGGGAAAACACUGUCUUCUGGAAAAAAACAUGGAAUACUCACAGGAGGAAAAUCAUACACUUGUACAGAAUGCGGCAAAGGCUUUAUUAAGAAAUCUAGACUUGUAACUCAUAUGAAAAUACACACAGGGGAGACACAUUUCAUCUGUAAGGAAUGUGGCAAAGGAUUCUCUCAAAAGAGUCACUUUGAAACUCAUAUGAAAAUACACACAGGGGAGAAACCAUUCACUUGUACAGAAUGUGAGAAAGGCUUUACUCGGAAAAGUAAUCUUGUAUCUCAUAUGAAAAUACACACUGGAGAGAAACCAUUUUAUUGUACAGAAUAUGGGAAAGGUCAUCUUGCAACUCAUAUGACAAUACACACAGGGGAGAAACCAUUCACUUGUACAGAAUGUGGCAAUGGCUAUACUUAUAAGAAUAACCUUAACUAUCAUAUGAGAAUACACACUGGGAAACCUUUCACAUGUACAGAAUGUGGGAAACACUUUGUCCAGAAGAUCAACCUCCUAAAUCACCUGAAAAAACACACAGGGGAGAAACCAUUCCCUUGUACAGAAUGUGAGAAACACUUUACAAAGAAGUGCCACCUCUUAAAUCAUCUGAAAAUACACACAGGAGAGAAACCAUUCACUUGUACAGAAUGUGGUAAAAGCUUUACUCUGAAGUGUCAUCUUGUAUCUCAUAUAAAAAUACACACAGGGGUGAAACCUUUCACUUGUACAGAAUGUGGUAAUAGCUUUACUCAUAAGAGAAGCCUUGUAUCUCAUAUACAAAUACACACAGGGGAGAAUCUUUUCACUUGUACAGAAUGUGGCAAAGGCUUUAAUCGGAAAAGUAACCUUGUAUCUCAUGUGAAAAUACACACUGGAGAGAAACCAUUUUAUUGUACAGAAUGUGAAAAACACUUUACAAAGAAGAGCCACCUUGUAUCUCAUAUAAAAAUACACACAGGGGAGAAACCAUUCACUUGUACAGAAUGUGAGAAACACUUUACAAAGAAGAGCCACCUUGUAUCUCAUAUAAAAAUACACACAGGGGAGAAACCAUUCACUUGUACAGAAUGUGGCAAAGGCUUUACUAUGAAGCGAAGCCUUGUAUCUCAUAUAAAAAUACACACAGGGGAGAAACCUUUCACUUGUACAGAAUGUGGCAAAGGCUUUGCUGAUAGACAUACCCUUGUAUCUCAUAUACAAAUACACACAGGGGAGAAACCAUUCACUUGUACAGAAUGUGGCAAAGGCUUUACUAUGAAGCGAAGCCUUGUAUCUCAUAUAAAAAUACACACAGGGGAGAAACCUUUCACUUGUACAGAAUGUGAGAAACACUUUACAAAGAAGAGCCACCUUGUAUCUCAUAUAAAAAUACACACAGGGGAGAAACCUUUCACUUGUACAGAAUGUGGCAAAGGCUUUAUUUUAAAAGGUAACCUUGCACGACACAUGACAAUACACACAGGGGAGAAACCAUUCUCUUGUACAGACUGAUAAAGUCUACCACCUUAUAAUACUGGGUUAUGAAUGUACAUCCAUACAGAUCUUUCUAUACUCUAGUCCAGUAUCGGACUGGCCCACUGGGACACCAGGAAGACUCCCCGUGAUCCCAGGUGUUAGUGGGCCCUUUGGGCCUAUUUCAUGGUCAUUCCUUAUGUCUGUAUGGGAAAAAGAGGCUCCAUAAUGGAAGAAUAAAGUAUAGUAUGUAGAGAAAAGAGAGUAGGACUAGGAGAAUAAAGAGGUUGAGUGAGGAGA